UAUUUUAGCUCCGGUAUUUUUCCUGCUCGCUUUAGCUACAUUCCCCCCACCGACGUAACACACAUUUUGUUUUUACCCGGGAGUAUAAGCUAGCCGCCCCUCUCAGAUGAGCUCGGAUAUCAGUCGCCUUUUCCUCAACAUUUCCGCUCCAGCAUACCUCUUCCCCGCUGUCUUUACUGCAUAUAGAUGUAAUUUGUGUCCCUUGUUUCCUCCAGUAACCCAUGUCUGUGUGCAUCCCGCCUCCCUGCGCUCUCAAUAGAUGGUGCAAGUCAAAAUGUCCAAAUCGCCCGUAGACCCACUGUCUGCUGUGGAAACAGGCUCCCAGUCGCACUAUUUUCAGUUGCACAGGAAGUUGCCUAAACGCAAGAGCCGCUUCAAACGCUCAGAUGGCAGCACGUCCUCUGACACAACAUCCAGCUUCAUCAAGCGGCAGGGGUCAGCUGAUUCGUACACCAGUAGACCGUCGGAUUCAGACCUGUCAGCAGAGGAGGACCGCGAGGCGUAUCGGCGUGAAGCCGAGCGCCAGGCACAACUGCAGCUCGACAGAGCUAAGUCCAAACCUGUCGCGUUUGCAGUAAAGACAAAUGUGAGUUACUGUGGAGCUCUGGAUGAGGACUGUCCCGUCCAAGGAGCUGCAGUCAAUUUCGAUGCCAAAGACUUCCUGCACAUCAAAGAAAAGUACAAUAAUGACUGGUGGAUCGGUCGGCUAGUAAAAGAAGGAGCAGACAUCACCUUCAUCCCCAGCCCUCUACGACUGGAGGCAAUGAGACUCAAACAAGAGCAGAAACAAAGAAAAACAGGGGGUAACUCCUCUAGUUUAGGGGACAUGGUGACUGGUAGUUGGAGGACCACGCCGCCAUCUGCAGGUGAAUCCAAACAGAAGCAAAAACAGGAACACGUCCCUCCCUACGACGUGGUGCCCUCCAUGAGGCCGGUGGUCCUCGUGGGACCAUCGCUGAAGGGCUAUGAGGUGACAGAUAUGAUGCAGAAAGCUCUUUUUGACUUCCUAAAACACAGAUUUGAGGGAAGAAUCUCAAUCACCCGUGUAACUGCCGACCUGUCUUUAGCCAAGAGAUCCGUCCUCAACAAAAGGCCCAUAAUGGAGAGAUCCAACACUCGCUCCAGCCUAGCGGAGGUUCAGAGUGAGAUUGAGAGGAUAUUUGAGCUCGCCAAAACCCUGCAGCUGGUGAUUUUGGACGCGGACACCAUCAACCAUCCUGCACAGCUAGCCAAAACGUCCCUCGCACCCAUCAUCGUCUACGUUAAAGUUUCCUCACCAAAGGUGCUCCAGAGGCUUAUCAAAUCCAGGGGGAAGUCUCAGAGCAAGCACCUGAAUGUUCAGAUGAUGGCUGCAGACAAACUCUCUCAGUGCCCCCCUGAUAUGUUUGAUGUCAUUUUGGAUGAGAACCAGCUGGAAGAUGCAUGUGAGCAUUUGGCUGAAUACCUGGAGGUCUACUGGCGUGCUACUCACCUUCCCGGCAACACCCCCCUUAACCCCUUACUGGAGCAGAGUCUGAUGACCCCACCCUCUGCCAUCUCUAGCCUACAGAACAAAAACCAGCCGCAGCCUCGUGAGGUGGUGGGCUUGGAUGGUGAGGAGGAGGAGGAGGAGGAGGAGGAGGCAGGCGAGGAGGCCCACUCCCCCUUGGAGCAGGACAGUCUUAUGCCAUCUGACGAAGCCAGCGACUCUCUGUCUCGUGGUCGGAGGGGGAGUCCGUGCCACAGGGCGGGUGAGGAGGAUGACGAGGAGGAAGAAGAAGAAGAAGAGGAGGAGGAAGAAGAGGAGGAUGAGUAUGCCUCACCCUGCCAUGCUCGUACAUACAGGGACAUGUACCCCCCUCACCGUGGGCACACAGGUAGUGCCCACAGUGCCAACGGGCACGAGUCACAGGACAGGUUGCUCCAACGCGAAGCUCAGCAGGGUCACAACCAGAGGAACAAUCGUCAGCGCAGCCGCCCCUGGCCCCGAGACACCUACUGAGGAACGAGGGGGGGGGGCCCCUCCCCCGGCCUCCAGAUCAGCACCGAGAUCACCCCGAGUCCUCCGACCGUCAUAGCUUCCCAAACAAAAGGUUGCCCCAAAAUCAGCUCCAGACUUUAAUCGGAAACUAACAGAAACAGAUGUCCAGUUUAUUAAGCAGACAAAAUGUUUAUUUUUAAAGUAUUUCCAGUUGCACACUUCCAGAUUCCCAGUUUAUCUAAACCAAGGGGAUGUAAUGACUUCUCCACAUUCAGAUAAAAGUCAACAGGGCUACUAACCUUUGCAGCAGAAAGGUUUCAGGCUACCAGCUGUACGCAAACUCAAACUUUAGCUGCUUUGCCGAAGGUUUCUCUAUUGUAGGAUGUCUCAUAUACUGGCCUUAAAAUUCCUAAGACUUUUAAACUAUCUUUACUAUUGCAUGUAUGAGUAUAAUUAUUUUAAGACUAUUUGCACAUUAAUGUCAGAACAGGAACUGAAUGAUCUUUACGGAUAAACUAAUGUAGGAAUGUCUACUGUUGAAUCCAUUUAUGGGAAAUAGGAAUGCAUUUGAUUACAAUGUAUAUACUGAAUGGGCAUCCUGGUUUUGUUUCAUUGCUACUAUAUUUGUUUGAUUUUGUUAAUAUGAACUUGUUUGUUGUUUCAGAGAAAUGUUGCCAUUCAUGUGUUCAGUCAUUUUGUACUCUGAAGACGGUGAAUUGCAGGAGGGAAACAUGCAGGGUCAAUAAGACUGAGUCUGAAUGGUCACAAUGUAAGUAAGCAGUAUGAAACUGCAGUACAGCGUCAGUGUCACAGUACAGUGCAGUAAGUAAGUUCUGGGCAUCGCUUGUCUUUGCUGUUGCACAAUCACUCUCUUUAACACCUCUAGAAAUCUUAAAACAGGCACAGAGAAUGUAAACACAACUGAGAAACGGAAUGUUAUCUUUUAAAGGACGAAUGAUUUGCCAAACUGCUUGUUUACAUCAAAUCAUCCACAUAUGUCAAGCACACGCUGCACCGCCGCAGCUCCUCUUCAGAUCCAGGCUUCAGAGAAUGUAAGCUUGCAUGCCUUUUGCACCUCCAAGCACCACCCGGUGUCUCCGACCCAACCGAUCGCCCUGUAAUUCGAUUGUAGCACGUUACUGAUUGUAGCAUCCACGGUUUCUAACACCCCUCUCACCCCUCGUACGUCUUUGCCAAACAUUGGUUUGUGUACUGCAGUUUUACAGUCGAUUAGGUUUUUACCAAGGCAGAUCCUCAGGUGUAAAGUUCUACACAGUCAUCGUGCUCAAAUUCAUGUUCCAGAUGUCGUGCUCCUGAAGGACUCGUAGCACCCAUGACACGAUGUUAUUCUGUUCCUGCACCAUUAUUAGUCCAUGAGCCGAUGAUGAGUUGGGACGUGAUGCUGACGAGCAGCGACCUGCUUCUGUUCACGCACUGUGUCGAUACCGUUAACAGCCGGCUUUAGGAAUUACUGGUUUACUGCUUCCAUGUCUCACAGGUAUCUCUCUAUCUAGUGUUCUGUAUAUUUUGAAGAGAAAAAAAAAAUCAGCAUGAUUGGGAAAAAAAAAGAAGAAAAAAAAAAUCUAUGCAAGUGUUGCAUGAAAAUCUGUUUCCUUUUACAGUUAAGUAUUUUAGUAAUGCAUUGAUUUUGAUCCUCCUUGUUGUCUUGUAGUGAUAGUCUUGUCCUUGGGGCUACUCACUCCUCACAUGAUUACUAAAAAUCAGAAUGCAUCAGUUUAUUUAUCCACAAACCUUAAUAUUGGGGACAUUUUUCUCCACAUUAGCUUGACUCUGGUUGACGCACUUUCAAAAGUCUCUCACUAAAAAUUGUCCCUUUCCCAGAUCAGGCCUACAAUUUUUGUUUAAUUUGUGACAAAAGGGAAUGAGUGAAUUAUUAAAGCCCCGCAUGUCUUAGUUGACAAAGUAGCUAUUUUCAUUAUAUUUUGGCAGAGUACGUUUUUCAAAGCGGACCAAUUUAGCAACUGAUAAAGCAGUUGAGGUUUUUCAAUUUAUGAAGCACAAUUUUUACAAGGGUUAUGAUUUAGUUUUACUCUGUCUUAUUCUGUAUGCAAUACUAGCCUAACAUUGAAAAACUUUCAACGCCUUAGACCAUCUGGACUUCCUCUUUUGUGUGAGUAGAAAAAAAAAAAUUGCACUACUUUUUUUUGGGGAUGGUUGCUUUGUAAUGCAAUAACUGCACUAAAUAUAACCGUGUAUCCACCAGACUACCACAGCGUGCUAGCGUGAUCCAACACGCCUCUUCCCUCUAUUUAUCAAAAGAGACAGCAAGUGUGUAAAAAGUGAGACAUUUCCUGCCUGAUGCUGUAUAGAAUGCUUUCUAUUUGAAAAUAGAUUUACAAUGCUAAGUAAAAUAUGACUUAAACAAAAAUAAACAUGACAUUUUAUGUACUUUUAA